AUGGCAACGCCUUUUCUUUGCGCGAACGACACUCCUUUUGAACAUCUGAACCAUGCCAGGGCUCUAUCUACCCAAUAUGCCGGAAUCGAGGACUUGCUGGAUGAGGAUCUCUGCAAUGAGAGGCUCUUGCAGCUGAACCGGCUGCAGCCGCGAGAGGAGAAUUCGAUUGCAUGGGAGAAUCCGGCUUGUUCGCUCCAAUACGGCUUCGUACCCAGCGAAUGGUCCCCAACGACGCACGAGACGUAUGCCAGUCCACACGACCAGGAGGAGAGCGCCUUCUCAGACUGCUCCUUUGACACGUUCAAUUCGGAAUCCUCCUAUACAUGGGGACCGGCACAAUCGGAGGAGCCGGAGCCUCAAUCGACCAAUCUCCCGCGGCUGAGCUGUCGCAAAUGUUACAGGAAGUUUGAGAAUGCGUACUCGUUGGAGCAGCACGCCAAAAAGGGAUUCGUGGACACGGCACAAGAGAUCGCACAAUUUGGAGCUCAGGAAUUGUCACCCGCAAGCCUGUGGGUCGCCGGAAGCGUCAAGCAUGUCGAGGCCUUUGCAGCCGACCCAGGCUCCGAGCAAGUGCUCGUGUGCGUGCUCGAAUGGUUCAGGCAUAGCGUCAUCAAAUGGGGAAACGCGCGCCACUCUUGA